AUGCUUUACCUGGUUGGAUUUGGACUGCAUUCAUAUAAGGACAUAACUCUCAGGGGACUGGAGGCUGUCAAAAACAGUACCAAGGUGUAUCUCGAGAGCUAUACAUCUAUCCAUGGAGAGCCCUUGGAUGCGUUUGAGGAGCUUAUAGGAAGGAAGGUAUAUCCUGCAGACAGAGAGAUGAUGGAGCAGACAGAUAGAAUAGUUGAUGAAUCAUCUGAGGAAAACGUCUCCUUGCUUGUUGUUGGAACACCGCUAUUUGCAACAACCCAUUCAGACAUAAUGAUAAGGGCAAAGGAGAAAGGAGUGAAGGUUGAGGUGAUCCAUAAUGCUUCGAUCAUAAAUGUUCUAGGAUGCUGCGGCCUUUACUCGUAUUCCUUUGGAAGAGUGGUUUCCAUUCCAUAUUUUGCAGGCAGAUGGAAGCCAACAAGCUUCUAUGAUAACAUAGUAAGGAACUAUCAGAAUAACCUUCAUACCUUAUGUCUCCUUGAUAUAAAGGCCGAUGAAAAUAGGUUUAUGAGUGUCAACGAGGCUAUCGACCAGAUUCUUGAAGCUGGCAAGAUCCUCAAUUCUGACCUUGUCAAUGAAAACACAAGAAUCUUUGCAAUCUGUAGGUUUGGAUCGCCUACAGAGGAAAUGGUAUACGGGAGGAUCGGAGACCUAAGGACAAGGUCGUUUGGGGAUCCUCUUCACUCUUUAAUAAUGCCGGCAAAGUUAGAUAGGGUUGAGGAAGAACUCGUCGAUUCCUUACUUAAAUAA